UAUCAACAGCCGUUUGCUGCAACAACAACAUAAUGUCAUCGUGGUGCCCUUCAGGAUUAAUCGCUUAUUCAGCCAUCGUUUUACUUUGUACUUCCGGAAUCAAAGCCAGUUGGGAGGAAUGGUGGACAUAUGAUGGUAUAUCCGGACCAAGUUUUUGGGGCCUUAUAAAUCCACAAUGGAAUAUGUGCAACAAAGGUAGACGACAGUCGCCCAUCGAUAUUGUACCAGAUAAAUUAUUGUUCGAUCCGUUCCUGCGACCACUGCAUAUAGACAAACAUAAGGUUUCUGGUACACUACACAAUACCGGACAAUCGUUAGUAUUUCGCGUGGACAAAGAUACGAAGCAGCAUGUGAAUAUCUCCGGUGGUCCAUUGGCAUAUAAAUAUCAAUUCGAAGAAAUAUAUAUACAUUACGGUACCCAGGAUACACGUGGUUCGGAGCACUAUGUACAAGGUUAUAGUUUUCCAGGGGAGAUACAAAUUUAUGGCUUUAACAAGGAAUUGUAUCAUAAUAUGUCCGAAGCACAGCACAAAUCCCAAGGCAUUGUCGGCCUUUCGCUAAUGGUACAAAUUGGUGAAACGCCAAAUCCAGAAUUGCGCAUCAUAACGAGCACAUUCAACAAAGUGGUUUUUCGAG